AUGGGGGCGGCCACGGUGCCGCGAUUCAACAGGUUGAUAGGGAGGUACGGGAACGAAGGGCGCCUUCUGGAGGCCCGCGCACUGUUCGACGAAAUGCCAGAGAGGAACGUAUACACCUGGAACGCCAUGAUCUGCGGGUACGCGAGGAACGGGGACCUCGCCGGCGCGAGGGCCCUCUUCGAUGCCGCGCCCGAACGGGACGCCGUCACCUACAACACCAUGAUCGCCGCCUACGGCGCGCGGGGGGGAAGCGGCGCCGCCCCUGCCGCGGCGGAGAUAUUCACCGAGAUGCGGCAGAGCGGGGGAGAAGCCCGCGCCGACGAGUUCACCCUCACCGCGAUGUUGAAGCUCGCGGCGGGGCUGGGGGACGUCACCCUCUCCCGGCAGCUCCACGCCGGCGCCGUCAAGGCCGGUGCAGACGCCGACGGCUACGGCGCCGCCGCCCUCAUUGACGCCUACUCCAAGUGCGGCGGCCGCUUUGAGGAGGCCCUCCUGCAGGCGGCCCCCGGCGGCGGCGAAGCAGCGGCGGCGAAGAACGCCGCCCUGGCGGCGCUCUGCCGGCAAGGGGAGAUGGAGGCGGCCUUUGAACUCUUCUUCUCCGGCGGCGGUCACGCCGCCUCCCCACCAGUGGAGAUUGUCGCGUGGAACACCCUGAUAGCAGGCUGCGUCAAGAACGGCCUCCCCAAGCUUGCCCUCCAUUUGUUCGACGAAAUGUCCCAAGGAGGAAUCCCCUGGAACGAGCACACCCUGGUCAGCAUCCUCAGAGCAUGCUCCGCUCUGAGGAGCCUUAGCCAGGGAAAGCAAGCCCACGCUUGGGCCAUCAAGAAGGAGGACCUCGGCCGGAAUCCGCACGUCGGCGCCGCCGUCGUCGACUUCUACCGCCACUGCGGCGAGCUGAGCUCCGCCGAGGCCGUCCAUUCCGCCAGCUGCCGGCGCAACCCCUUCGCGACGGCGUCGAUGGUCGCCGGCUUCGCUGGCGCCGGCCGCCUGGGGGAUGCCCGGCGGCUCUACGACUCCAUUCCUGCUGCCGUCCCUGCCGCCAAGAAUCCGGCGGCGCUGACCGCCCUCCUCUCUGCCUACUUCCGGCGAGGGCUCUUCGAUCAAGCGGGCGAGCUUCUGCGUGAUGCCUGUUCGUCGUCUUCAACCUUGGACGAGUCGCUGUUCGUGAACCUGCUCGCGGCGUGCGCCGACCAGGCGGAGCUCGGCCGUGGGAAGGAGCUCCACGGCCGUAUGGUCAGGGCAGGGUUCUGCCCAGCGGAGGGACGGGCUGGUGGCGCUCUGGUUGACAUGUACGCCAAGUGCGGCGAGAUCGGCGGCGCCGCCAGGGUUUUCAAGCGGGUGCCCCAUAAGGACCUCGUGCUCUGCAACACGAUGCUCGCCGGGCUCGCCCGCCAUGGCCGGGCCCUCGAAGCUCUGCAACUCUUCAAGGCGAUCACGGCGGAGCUGCGGCCGGAUGGGGCAACGUUCACGGCGGUGCUGUCCGCCUGCGGGCACGCGGGGCUGGUGGACGCCGGCGAGGCGGUCUUCGCCAGCAUGGCGGAGGUGCACGGGGUGUCGCCGGAGCUGGGGCAUUACUGCUGCAUGGUGGAUCUGUACGGGCGGGCGGGAAGGGUGAAGGAGGCGGUGGAGAUGGUGGGAAGGCUGCCGUUCAGGCCGGACGCGGUCCUGUGGGGGGCUCUGCUGGACGCCUGCCGGCGGCGGCACGGCGGCGCCGCCGGGGCGAGGGAGGUGGGUGAGAAGCUCCUCGCGGCGGCGGGCGGCAGCGACGGAGCGCGGUACGUUCAGGUGGCCAACGCAUUCGCCGCGGAGGGCGAAUGGGCUGAGGUGGAGAGAAUCAGGAGGCAGAUGAGGGCCAGGCGAGCCAGGAGGGCGCACGGCGGCGGUCGAAGCUGGGUCCACGUCGGCGGCGCCGCCGCCCCCUGCUGCUUCGCCUCCGGCGACCGCUUCCACCCACACGGCAGCGCCAUCUACGAAACCCUCGCCGUCCUCCACGGCGAGAUGGCCGCGGCCCAUGAAGAAGAACAAGAAGAAGAUCUAGCCAAGAAGUGA